AAUGUUGACGUCCCCUCACACUCUCAUGGCACGAGUCAAUAAUACAGUUCCUUCCGGAAUUACGGUUAAUCAUUCAUAAUUUAGAAAUAAAUAUUGGCACGCCAUGCAACUUUAACUCCAUCUCUCCGCCAUUUAGUUCUCCCGUCCUGCCAGGGCCUGCAUUUCGAUUCAUGGGUUAAUAUAUUAUAGAUUGCCAUGGGCCCUGCCUCGGAAUCCGGACCAUGUCUCCUUCUACGUCCCCCGCAAUAUCUCUUUCUUUUCUUCGGAACCACGCUGCCGCGAGACCUGUCUCAAUGUAAGUGCUAAAAUGACGGCAUCACUUAGCUGCUAUAAAGGUAAGGGAUGCGCCUCACCCUGGCGCCAUCCGCAUCUCCUUCUUCACCACUAGGUUUUCCUAUCAUGCGUUCCUUAUCUGCGGUGGCCCUGCUGGCCGCUGCAUCGACUACCUCCGCGGCAGUUUUUGAGGCAGAAUCUGGGACUCUUGCUGGCGGCGCAGUCAUCGCAUCUGACCUUCCCGGCUUUUCGGGUACUGGAUACGUGACAGACUUUAUCGAUGAUACUGCCAAGCUCACCAUCAACGUGGGGGGACUCGAUGCUGGAGACUACGAGGUCAAAGUUCUCUAUAAUGCUCAGUAUGGAGAUAAGUUCACAACCCUCACUGUCAAUGGGGGCUCUUCAACCGAAGUAGCUCUCCCAAAUGUCACGACGACGACGUGGCAGACAGCAACAGCAGGAGUGUUCACCUUCACGGCUGGCACGAAUACUGUAGCCUUUGCCCGCGAUUGGGGUUACUACCUCAUCGAUGCCAUCACUGUCAACCCCCCGCCCGUAAAGCCUGUCGUUGUCGUCGACGUUACAAAGGGGGCCGUAGCUCAAGCAGAAGAUGGAAUCCUCAACGGCGUGACUGUUGGCAGCUCUGUCGCUGGCUUCUCUGGCACUGGAUACGUAGAAGGUUUUGACGCGGAUACCGACAAACUCACCUUUUCGCUCCAUAGUGACAAACAGGCUCUGUACGAUGUGAUCCUAGGCUAUGCUGGCAUAUACGGAGGCAAGCAGACAACCAUGUCGGUGAACGGUGCCGGAGGAGGCGAAGUCGUCCUCCUCGAUACGUCUGCGGCUGCUUCGCCAUGGGCCAAUGCCACUGCCGGCCAGGUCCUUCUCAACGCUGGGAACAACACCAUCUCCUUCUCCAAUGACUGGGGAUGGUACCUUCUUGACGCACUCUACGUCUCCCAAUCGCCACCACCAGCACCACACCAGGUCACCAAGGUGCUCGUUGCCCCCAACCCCCUCCCAGAGACACAAAAUCUCUACAACACGCUUCUUGCUAAAUACGGCUCCGGAACUAUCUUCUCCGGCCAAGCCGACACAUCCGGCGUUACCUGGCUCGAGCAGAAUGUUGGAGCCACCCCCGCAAUCAUUGGCCUGGACAUGAUCGAAUACAGUCCCACCCGUGUCCAAUAUGGAUCUGUCAGCACAGCUGUCGAAGAUGCCAUUGCAUUUGACAAGCGCGGUGGCAUCGUCGCCUUCCAAUGGCAUUGGAACGCCCCUAGUGGCCUGAUCAACAGUGACACUGUCCCAUGGUGGAAGGGCUUCUACAGCUACGGCACAACCUUCAACCUAACCGCCGCCCUCGCCAACCCCAAAGGCAGCGACUACGCCCUCAUCCUCCGCGACCUCGACGCCAUCGCGCUCCAACUCCUCCGCCUCCAAGCCGCCCAAGUCCCCGUCCUCUGGCGCCCCCUCCACGAAGCCGACGGCACCUGGUUCUGGUGGGGUAAUUUCGGCCCAGAGAGCAGCAAGGCAUUGUACAAGCUCAUGUACACGCGCUUCACGCAGCACCACAAGCUCCGCAACUUGAUUUGGCUGUGGAACUCCGUUACCCCGUCUUGGUACCCUGGUAAUGACAUCGUCGAUAUCCUCAGCUACGACUCCUACCCCGCAGCCGGCGACCACGGUCCCGUUGGCGUGCAAUACCAAGCCCUCCUCGCCCUCGGCGGGAACAAGAAGAUGGUCACCCUCCCAGAAGUAGGAUCCAUCCCCGACCCAGACAUCCUCAAGGCCUACCACGCCGAUUGGUCCUACUUCGUGACCUGGAACGACGAGUACAUCAAUGCGGACACCUAUAACAACCUUGCGUUUAAGAAGAAGGUGUAUGCGGACCCAACGGUGUUGAAGCUUAAGGAUCUAGGGAACUGGAAGGGCGUCCAGGUGAAGUAUGGACAGUGUGGUGGGAAUGGGUACACGGGGCCGACGUUGUGUGUUGUUGGGACGAAGUGUAUGAGCAUUUCGCCGCCGUGGUACUAUCAGUGCUUGUAGAGGGUGGUGAUGCAGGGAGGGAGAGGGUAGUGAUGGAUUUGGUAUAUAGGGGGUAUGGGAGAUUGUACAUAGCAUAUGUACAUACAUAAGCGGACGG